AUGAGAUUCCUCGUUGUGCUCCUACUGGUGGUUCAGCUGGCCUCCGCCCUGUUCGGGAUUGGAGGGAAGUCCAGCAAGAAGACGACCACCAAGCAAGUGGCUGCCACCACAACCAAAGCGACGACGACCACUACCCAUGCCCCUACAACUACCACUACAACAACAACUACGACCAAGGCCACCACUACCACCACCACUACUACAUCAACCACAACUUCAACUACGACUUCAGCUCCAUCUUCAACCACAACCACAACCACAACCAAGCCUACCACUUCUUCAACUACCACCUCAACCUCUUCUACAACAACCACCCACCCUACUCCCAGCACCAGCAGCACCAGCAGCACCAGCACCAGCACAAGCACAAGCACAAGCACCAAAGCCCUAAUCUCACCAACAACAACAACAACAACCACCAACCCCACCACCUCCACAGCCAUAACCUCAACAACCUCAACAACCAAACCCACCACCUCCACCGCAAUAAAAUCCACAACCACAACCACCACCCCCAACCCCUCCACCAGCGCCGUCACCACCCACACCACCAACCCAAACCCACACUCGGCCUCCUCCGCCAUCGUCCAGCCCGGCACAACAACCACAACACACACCAUCGCCCCCUCCGGCAGCGCAGCACACACCCUCACCUCCUCCUCCAAAUCCACCAUCACGCCAGCCACGACCACCUUCUCCUCCGCGCACCUCUCCAUCACCUCCUCCUCGGCCAUCCCCUCCCCCUCCUCCUCUGUCUCCGUCGACUCCGCCCUCUACGCGUACUACUCCUCGUUGAUCUCGCUUGCCUCCGUCUACGACGAGGCCAGCGCCUGCGAGUACGUCGCCUCGUCGACGGGUGUGGCUGCUGCUGCUGUUGCUGCUGCGUCGAGUACGGCGUGAUCGGGGAUAGAGGGGGAUUUCGGUAGGUAGAUGUUUUGGCGGUGUGAGGGUAAGGGGUUAUUGGUUCUUCUUUGUCCUUUGCUCUUCAUUUUCCUAAUUUUUCCUUGCUUUUUUGUUUGUUGCAGGGUUGGAUGGUAGUGGGUAGGAGGGUG